AGCUCCGGAGGCCGCCGCGAUGCCGGGCGAAAACAUCUUCCUGUUCGUGCCCAACCUCAUCGGUUAUGCCCGGAUCGUCUUCGCCGUCAUUUCCUUCUACUUCAUGCCUUGCUGCCCCCUCACGGCCUCCUCCUUCUACCUGCUCAGCGGGCUUCUGGACGCUGUCGAUGGACACGCGGCUCGAGCCCUUAAUCAAGGAACUCGGUUUGGGGCCAUGCUGGACAUGCUAACCGACCGCUGCUCCACCAUGUGUCUGCUGGUCAACCUGGCCCUGCUGUACCCUCGGGCCACGCUUGUCUUCCAGCUCAGCAUGAGCCUGGACGUGGCCAGUCACUGGCUCCAUCUGCACAGCUCCGUGGUGCGAGGCAGUGAGAGUCACAAGAUGAUCGACCUUUCUGGGAAUGCUGUGCUCCGAAUCUACUACACCUCCAGGCCCGCUCUCUUCACGAUGUGUGCUGGAAAUGAGCUCUUCUACUGCCUACUCUACCUAUUCAGCUUCUCUGAGGGACCAGUAGUGGGGUCUGUGGGGCUUUUCCGAGCGGGCCUCUGGAUCACUGCCCCCAUCGCCUUGCUCAAGUCUGUCAUCAGCGUCAUCCACCUGGUCACUGCCGCUCGCAACAUGGCUGCCCUUGAUGCGGCCGACCGUGCCAAGAAGAAGUGAGCCUGGCCCUGGGGUUCACUGCUGGGCCUCCUCUCCUGGAGGCCUCGCCUCGCCUCUUCCUAUGUGGUUCUCUGCCUGUCUCUGGCAUUGUCGAUGUUGCUGGGUCCCUGGGACCCGGGCUGCCCUCCAGAGGCCCAACCCUUGGCUGUGCCCCGGGUAUAGCAGGCCCUCUGAGGACCGGGCCACACACCCCUGCUGCCAGCCUGGGGCUCCCGUCUGAGAGCUGGGGACACCUGUGGGUCAGAGCUGAGGCAGGGCCGGGCUGGGCCGCCCAAAGGAGGAGGAGUCAGACCCCUGCCCGGGUACCGUCCAGGCUGCCCAGCCCUGGAGGCUUCCCGAUAAAGGCAGGAACUUCACUCUGUGGAUGUGGUUUCGUUUGAGACAUUCUGGGCUCAGGUCUCAGUUGAGGGGAGCAUGGGGAGAAAGGGAAAGGUAUCUGGAUGCCUUUCCCCCAGCUUUCUGGCUGGCUGUCUCCUGCCGCCCAAGUUCAUGCAGCCCUUCUCUGCCCACCCACUCUGUCUGCUUUUAUUUGUAUUCUGGACGUUUUCUACCCUCACUAGAAUGUGAACUCCAGGAAGCACAGACUUAUCUCCUUCCUUUCUCUGUGUAGAAUGAAGAUAACCCUAACCUGGCUGCUUAAUAAAUAUUCCUGAACAGAUCAGUUGGUUUUUCAGAGUGGAGUCCUUAGACUACCUGUUGGAUCUUUCUUUCAUUUUUAAUUUUUUUAUUGUGUUACU